UUAUUUCCUACUAAUCAAUUCUUUUUUGAAAAUAUUUUCUUAAGAAAAACAAAUGAAAAUGUUUCCAGUUCUUCAACACAAUCUAUUAAUUCACCAGGGAGUUCUUCUUCUACAACAUCUAGAGAGAGUGCUAACGUUUUCAAAUUUCGUACACUUCUUUCUUCUCCUUCUGGAUCACAGGACGAUCUUUUUAACAAUAUAAAUAACAACAAUAGUUCAUUAACAAUUCCUAGAACAACUAAAAUUAAUAAUUCUAUGUUAAUAACUUCUUCAGUGCCUUCUCCAUUUUCCCGUAAAAAUUCAAACGAAAUUGUUAAUUCAAACAAUGAAUCUUUUGGUAUUCGACAAAGUUUACGAUCACCGACAAUGCGCCGUCUUCAAGAAUCACUUCAAAGUUUGUCAACUAUUGAUGAUGACAAUGAAGUGGCAUUGGAAGACAAUAAAUCAAAUAAUAAUAAUGUUAAAAGUCGAAGUACUACACCAAAACCGUUUAAUUGUAAAAAUUCUCAAUAUCGUUCAUUUAAUAUGAGAAGAGACAACAAUACAACACGUUCUCGACAAAUACUCGAACAUUUGGCUGCUGUCCGUACUCAAUUAAAAAAUAGCCAGGCGCAACUUGAGAAAACAAUAUCGAAACAAAAUUUGGCUGAAAAUUAA